AUGAAGUUCACCCUCCUCUCUGCUGCUGCCGCCGCCAUCGCUUUUGCCUCCAGCGAACAUGACGGCAAGCGCCUCAUUCGGCUCUCAGCCGACCACUCCGAGUGGAUGACCGACGCCCAAGUGGCGGACUUAGCCCUCCGUGACGUCGGGUUCUUGGACGACACCGAUGGCGAGUGGACCCGCGUGUUCGAGUUGGGGGCGGCUCGCCAGGCCAAGCAAAACACCCCCCAUGGACGUACCCUCCAAGAAACAACCCUGUACCCGACCGUAGCCAUGCAUCCCAAGCUCGUGCGUGGGGUCAACGCCAAGGUUCAAACCGCCGACUUGAAGCGGACCCUGGAGAGCUUUGUGAACAAGUUUGCGAACCGCCUUUACAACUCGACCGAAGGCGCGCAGUCGUGCGGGUGGAUCUACGACCAAGUGGUCGAGUUGGCUGCCACGGUGGUGACUAACCCCAACGUCAAAGUUACCGUGCGACAGUUCACCCACCCGUGGGGACAGUACUCUGUGAUUGCCCGCGUCGAGCCUACUACUAUUGUGAAGGACGACAUUGUCAUUUUGAGUGCGCACCAAGACUCCAUCAACUCGAAAGACCGAAGGGACCCUGUCAAGCGCAACAUCGCCCCCGGGGCCGACGACGACGGGUCGGGCACCGUGACCAUCUUGGAGUCGCUCAAGUACUUGCUGGCGACCCCCGAGUGGACCCCCAUUCGGCCCGUGGAGUUCCACUGGUACGCCGCCGAAGAAGUUGGCCUGCGCGGGUCCAAGGCAGUAGCGACCGAGUAUGCGAAGGCCAACACAUCCGUGUACGCCCAGAUGCAGCAGGACAUGACGGGGUACGUCCGCCCUGGUACGUCCCCCGUCGUGAAUUUGAUCUCCGACUUCACCAACAAGAACCUCAACACCUUCGUGGAGACGCUUGUCGCGACCUACGUGGGCCUCCCUGUGUCCCACUCAGUGUGCAAAUACGGCUGCUCGGACCAUUUCUCGUGGAACGCGACAGGGUACCCCUCGUCGUAUCCGUUUGAAACCGAGUUGAAGGACUUGAACCCGAACAUGCACUCCCAAAAGGACACGAUCGCCACCAUCGAUUUCGACCACAUGGCCGAUUUCACCAAGCUCUCGAUUGCGUACGUUGUCGAGCUGACCCAGGACAGCGCCACGUCAUGCUAA